UGAGGGGGCAUUAUCAGAUGACACAAUCCCUUGGAUUUUUUUUUUACCUUGUUUAGUUUGCAUUCUUUGCAUCAUCGUUUUGUCACUUUCUUUUGGGGUUUUGUAUGUUUGGUUAUAAAAGCAUGUUCACAUUUUUAUUUUUAUAUAAAAAAAGUUGUCAGGUCUAUUUCCUCUUUGAUGCAGUUUUAGGAGAUUGCAAUUAGCACAGUUAGUGCGCUUAGCUUAAAGCUUCUGUUUACAGGGAAAGGUCGCAUGUUAACAGGGAACGUCCUGCCUUACUCUUUCUCUAAAGAGCCAAGUUAAAUCUAAGGAAAUUUGACCGCAUGACAAUAUUAGGGUACGAUAUAUGAUAUAUUAUUAUGCAGAAUGCCUAAAAUACCCCAGCAUGAGCGUGAGAUAAAGAGUAAGAGCUUUCGCAUCCGGCAAUUAAAAGUUAGGGUUACAGAGGCAAGGGUAAUCGACAGAGUCAGGAUUGAUUGCAGAGCGGAAAGAGAAGGCAUUGAAUUAUAUCUGGGUGCAAGGGUUGAACGUCACCGGGGGAGAAAGGCCUUCAGAUUGUUUAUUUUCAUAUGGACGGACCAGGAAACUCAAUGUCUAUGGCAGAAGACCUGCUUAAUGGAGGCUCGCGACAUCAUGCACAGCCAACGAGACAAAAUUAGAGAGCUCAAAGCAGUGAACAAUGAAUUCCUACGUGAGAGAAAUUAUGUUCACGAAGGCUCUAACGCUUUUGGUGACACCCCCAGGGCUUUCGAUGAUAAUAAGAAGCUUCAAAUCAAAGUUCUUAAGGCUGUUGAGAAAGAGAAUUUACUUCGACAAUUUAUUGCCAUUUCUUGGGCAGGGUUUUUCGUAGCCACUUCUAUCAUUGUCUCCACGGUUUUGCAGUAACUCAUCAAAGAAUGGUCUUCCCCUGCACAUGUCAUACUCGUUCUUACUUUCUAUUCUCAUGAAGUGUUUUGGGUUGCCCCAAAAAAACCUAUCAUGUUUUUCCUCUCUUAUGUUUCCUUUAUUUGUGACUUAAAUCUUCUAACCGUGUUUGUUAUAACUUUGCUUUCCAUUUCAUUACAUAGCAUGGUAGGCUUAUGUAUUGUAUUAAAUGACGUUUGCCUUCAUGUCAUCUUUAACAUAUUUUAUCUUGCGACUA